AUGAGGCCGGGGCUGGAGCUGACGGUCCUUGGCGGGCUUGGUCGACUGCUGUUUUUCGUGGCGGCGGUGAUGGUGCUUGAUGUGCAAGGCACGGUGUGCGACUAUGGGCCGACGCAAGUGCGCGUCAAUCAUCGCCUUCUGACGCGCACUGCCUUGGGCGCACCCAUCAUGGUGCCAGGUAGGGACGAUCAACAGGCCCCACUGCCGCACACCCAACAGUGCGCCUAUCAAGUGGCUCUGAUCAACAAUCUCACGGGAGCUACUGCCUACUCAUCUGGCGUGGUCACCAGCACCAACCAAUUUCAUGUCAUCAAUGCCACAUUGACUCCUGCGACCCCGUUCGAAGUCAAUGUCGCCGUGUACGCAAGCACGUCGGUUUACAAUCAGCGGGUAUAUUUUCGCACCUUUGACGUGACGCCCCAUCUGCGCGUGGGCGAGAACGUCCUAGGGGUCAGCCUCGGCAACUACAAAUGGGGCUACAAUGACAAGUGGUGCAACAUGACGGCGCGCGGUGGCCCCGAGGGAUGCCGGGGCCUGAUUGCCAUCUUGGAGCUUAUUAGACCCCAGGAUAGCUCACGUUGGCACCUGAUAUCGGAUUCGGCGUGGCUCACCGCGCCCGGCCCGAUUUCGUGGGACCACCUCUUUCAUGGCGAGACCUACGACGCGCGCCUAGAGGCGACAGGCUGGCUGCAGCCCGGCUUUGUGCCACCCGCAACGUGGGUGUCUGCCAGCGUGCUCCAGCUGCCAGUGGGGUCACUUGAGCCGGCAUUCAUGCCGGCGCUGCGCGUGAUGCAACAGCUCGCCCCAGUCAAGAUUAGUGCCAUUGCGCCGCCCUCACAAUAUGGCGUAGACUUUGGCCUGAAUAUGGCGGGCCGGGUGCGCAUGCGUAUGCCAACUGAUUUGAGUGAGGGUCAGCACGUGUGGAUCUCGCACGGCGAGAUUGUCUAUUCAGCAACCAAUGCCACGGUCGACGAUACCUACUGUUCAAUCAAUCCAAAUGCCAGUGCUCUGCGCCACGAACCGUGCAGGCCCCAUCAGACGUACGGCUUUGGCCACGAGACGCCCGAUCGCUACGUUGGUGACUUUAAUGACGCCAAUAUGACCAACGUUUAUGUGGUGGGCUCGGCAGUCAACGCCACCUAUGUGCCCAGCUUUGCCGCUGCGGGGUUUCGCCACAUCAUGGUGCAGGGUUUGGCCUCGGCGCCAACCAGUGAUAUGUUUACGGCCGAAUUCAUUCAUACUGACGUGGCGUGGGACCAGGCCAACUUUGAGAUGCGCCCCAUUGCUGCACGGGGCACCAACAGCACGCAGACCCCCGACCUACUCAACCAGAUCCACCACUUGGCCAAACGCGCACAGGCCUCCAAUCUGUGGUCCAUCCCUACGGACUGUCCUCAGCGGGAGCGGCGCGGCUGGAUGGGAGACGCGCAAGUGUCUUGCAAUCAGGCAAUGAUGAUGUUUGACAUGCACAGCUUUUACCGCAAGUUCCUGCGGGACAUUCGCGACGACCAACUUCAAGGAUGCGACAGUGAUCCCGUGCACCAGUGUGCCUCCGGGUCCUGGAGUCGUUUCAACGGGUCGGUAGCUGACGUGCAUCCGUAUGAUGGCAUCGGUGGCUGGCCGGGAUGUGUGGUCUGGCAGGUUGCUUAUGUGGUCAUUGCACGCAACGUGUAUCGAUUCUAUGGCGACACAUCUCACCUUGUUGAGCACUAUGCCGGGCUGGCGGCGUUGAUGAAUUAUUUGAACUCCACCAAGAAUCCAAGCACCAGUCUUGUCGAUACCGCUGGCUAUGGCGAGAUUGCGACGGUGUUGAAUCGGACGGAUGAUGCAAGGCAGUAUGAGCAGGCACGCGUCGAGGGUGUCGCCGCAUACCACGCCGCAUAUUACAAUGCAACCGUGGGUGGCUAUAAUCCUACUAUGAACUCGGGACCAUCGCCCCUGGGUUCGCAAACGAGCAAUGCCAUGGCCCUGCUUGUUGGGGCGCCGCCCGAUGCUGCAACUCAGGCUCGGGUGGCAGCCAAUUUGGUGGCAGAUCUCGAAGCGCACGGCAAUCACUCAACAGGCGGUGUUGUGGGCAUGAAAGUGCUCUUUCCAGCCCUCUCAUUGCUGAAUCGCAGCGAUUUGGCGCUGGCCGUGCUGCUGCAAGACACUUACCCAAGCAUUGGGCACAUGGUGGCGCAGGGGCAGACGACGCUUUGCGAGUCGUGGGCCUGUUCCGAGUAUGACGCAGCCGGAGCUUCGCUCAAUCACAUCAUGUGCGUGUGCAUCUGCUCCGCCCUGUCGCAUCUGCUCCGACGUGCGUCCGCCCUGGGCCAACUCUUGCGUUCACGUUGGUGCAUUAGGUUUGGAGCCUUUAAUGAGUGGUUGAUGGAGCAUGUGGGAGGUCUGCACUUUGACGCCAGUGCCAAUGCAGACACGGCUGGUGGCCGGCUCAUACACUUGGCGGUCGAUGCUUGGGCUGCUCGCGUCGUCGGUGCCGCCAACUUUUCUCUGCCGACACCUUUUGGCCCUGUAGCGCUGCAGUGGAUCUACAAACCUGAUCGGCAGGAGGUGAGUGGAUCCCGAUGA